AAUAACAUCUCUGAUUUUGUCAUUGCAUUCACGUCCGUAGUGGAGUCAACAACUGAGGCACAAACGACUCCGCAAUCCACCACGUCUGCUUCCGUCACCACCAAGACAUCCACAACAAUUUCUCAGUCAACAACCCAAAAGUCGGCAACUUCUCUCAAAACCGAUGUGCCUUCAACUGAUCCACGGUCAACUACUACUGCGUCUUCAACUGAUCUACAGUCAACUACAUCUGUGUAUUCAACUGAUCCACGGUCAACUACUCCUGCGUCUUCAACUGAUCUACAGUCAACUACGUCUGUAUAUUCAACUGAUCCACGGUCAACUGCUCAUGCGCCUUCAACUGAUGUACAGUCAACUACAUCUGCACAUUCAACUGAUGUGCAAUCAACUGCACAGUCUCCAAAUGCACCAGCAACCGAUACAGUUUCCACCAAUGAACAAACGACAGCAGAUUUAUCCCACUCUACCGAGCAACCCACAACUGCACCGCAAUGGACCGACACUUGGGCAGAUUUGCCAACUUCAUCGUUUCAUCCUAUGACAUCAUCUUUGACACCGUCAACUACGGCUGAAAAUUCUCGAUGCUUUGUGGGUCACAUCGAGUUUGAUUGUUUACCGGAGUCAACGACAGUAGAGGACAUCAAGAAUCGAACCUCUGAAGAACAAUUGCCACUGCACGAUCUGCUGGCGUUGAUGACUUGGAUAGCUGACCAUGACGUCAUACCGGCUGGAGUCGCAAAUGUCACAGACUACGCCGAUACCUACGUGGACAAUGUCGAUAACUUGUUAGAUGACCGCUUUGUGGAAACAUGGGAUACAGCACAAGCGGUACCGGACUUUGCCACCAACUUAGUCCAAUCUUCACAGAAUCUGCUGGAGGACCUGGCGAGGAAGGCGCCCUCAGAGUAUCAACACGUCCGGAAAGCUAACAAUCUAGAGUACGAAGUGCUGAAGUCCACGAAUAUAAGUGAAUACAGCUUCAAGUCACGGUCGUCUGAUGACGAGUCUUCAAGUACGUCAAUAACUCUGGAAAAACAAACAAUUGACAACUUGAUGUUGCAAGGAAACGACAAUCUCUCUUUCACAACUUUGUUAACAAGGAAAGGGAACCUCAUUCACGAAAGAUUGUCGAGGAGACAACCUGCUAGCCACGUCAUCGUUCAUUCACUGCAAGUUUCUGGUCAGAUCGUAUCCGUUCCAGUCACAUUACAACUGAAACUUCUUCAGGAACGAAAACCAAAUGAGGAACCCGUGUGCGCAUUCCUGGAUGAAAGUAAACGGUCAGGAGAAUGGAGUACCGUUGGUUGUUACGUGGACAAAAACAAAGAUACGUCAUCGUCCAUCAGCUGCAAGUGCAACCACACAACAAGUUUUGCAGUACUCAUGCAACUUCAAGAUUUUGAGAUUUCUGAAGCAGACGAGAAGGCUCUUGAGGUCCUGACGUAUCUCCUGUGUGGUCUGUCCAUCAUGGGUCUCAUGACUACUCUGUCUGUGUUCAUGGCUCUGAGAUCUUUGUUGAAAUCUGAGCGUGUUACCAUCCACAUGAACCUAUCCGUUGCACUCAUAGUGGCGCACUUUCUCCUGCUUGUCUCUGGCAUGGCUGCGAAACAACAGGUUGUCUGUCGUAUCGUCGCUAUCCUGAUGCACUAUUUCUUCCUGGCUGUGUUUUGCUGGAUGCUCGUUGAGGGCGCUCACCUCUACUUCCAAAUCGUGCGAGUGUUCUCCAACGGUAUGGACAAAAAGAAGACUUACAUGGUCAUCGGAUGGGGGACACCUAGCGUGGUUGUCAUCAUUUCGGCGGCAUCACGGUGGGACGAUUAUGUCAAUUACGACAGUUGUUGGUUGUCUAUGGAGAGCAACGUGAUCUGGGCAUUCGUUGGACCAGCAUUGGCUAUCAUCAUGGUGAAUGUGAUUGUUCUUGUGAUGGUUGUACGAAUUAUCGUGACGUCAGCUGCUGCCAAUAAAGAUAAGGAGUAUGAUCACGUCAAAGCUGGGUUGAAGGGUUCGUUGUUUCUGCUACCGAUUCUUGGCUUGACGUGGGUGUUUGGUGUCCUGUCAAUGGAUCCCAACACACUCGUCUUUCAAUAUCUCUUCGUCAUCUUCAAUGCCCUUCAGGGAGUGUUCAUUUUCCUGAUCUACUGCGCCUUUAACAGUGAGGUUCGAAGUGCAAUCCAGCGAAGCAGGGAAAAGCGCGCCCUCACUCGUGGAGACGCAAUCUCGAAAGCUUCGACUGCUGAGAACUACGGCUAUCCUUUGAAAGGUGGUUGGGGCAAACGGAACCGUGUCGAUGUGUCCACUACCUGCUCAUCGGGCGAGCCUCAGGGACAACAGAUGGCGACACUGAAGAUACAGACCAAGACAACGACUCACAUCACCACACAUAUGAUUUUGACUCCCGCAUCGGAUGGAUCUUACCUUACACCAACCAACGUUAAAUUCGCUGCGUGGAAGCUGGACGAAGAACGAUAAAAUAUUCACAAAUCAACAAUCUGGUUCGUAAGUGUGACGUCACUUCAGUUUAAACCACGCCCACCUCAUGUAAAGCAGUAUUGGAACCAUUUGAACCGAAAGUGCAUAACGAAAAAUGCAAAGGGCGAAUUAUGGCGUGCUUGCAUAGCCUACUGUAAUUUCGUUGGUUUAGAACAGCCACGUGUUAAUAAUAAACGUUUAUUUCGUAUACGCGUUGAAUAUAAACUAUUCCAUGUAUACUGCGUUCCAUUAUAAAUAAAGUUCAUUAUACACUGCGUUGCUUUUAAUUACGCGCCUUGCGCACGCGUGUAGGGAUUGCCCGGACGCUCGCGACUGAGUGCUGCAAGAAAGCCUGCAGUUAUCAAAGGUUACAUCGCAGUGACGUCAUUUAUUUCGUGCAUAGUAAGACGUUAGUUACAAGCCUUUAUCUUUUCGACUCGUUGCCACAUGGUGAUGUGGGCUAUGGCAUUUCUAACCCCCUCGGGCGCAUAACGCUUUGUGCACCUCGGAUGUCAAAAACGUCAUAUCCCACAUCACAGCAGUCAACAAAUUUAUUGUUAAAUGAAUGAUAACAAUGUAUAUUUCAUAAUUAUUCCGUUCAGGAUAUGUAAUUGAAUUAUUUAUGCGAUUAUGAAAUGAUUACCCUUUCCUUAGCCUUUUUUAGCAUAUCAGUUAUCAAAGGUAUUUGUUAGGUAUCUGGACUUAAUAUAUAUUUAGAAACUAUUCUGAAAGGUGACGGAAGAUAUUUUUAGAUGUGAAAUGAAAACAUACAAUAUAAAAAGUGAAUUUUAAAUUGUAUCAUAAAAUUGUAGUCAUACGAUGAUUGGAAUGUUCAUAACCUAUUGCGUGUUCUAAUAACUGAUGUAGACUCUAAUGAUCAAUUUUAGUAAUUUCAAGUUGUAAGUUUGAGUAACAUUGGUUAUCAUCUUAUACGCUCUAACUGUUUAUGUCGAUUGUGUAUUAAUAUAACUCACUGAGUGGGAAUUCUCUGGAAACUUGAUGCCCCCUGUCGUAGAGGUCGUCCCAACAUGACCCUGAAAACAUCCAUCGAGUUGGAAACUGGUCUGAGUGGAUCUUCUCUUUCAAACACCAUGCUUGACAGGGGGACAGAUGAGCCCAACUCAUCAUGUCAUCACAACAGUUAAUGAUCA